UCAUAUUAAGAAGAGAGACGCGCAAAGAACGAUUGAAUUUAGAUUCUUAACGGGUUUUUUUCUAAUCAUUUAUUAGACGGAUCCAACGAUUUUAAUCGAAACAAACGCCACAAUGUCACGAAUUUGUCGGGUGUGUCGACUUUCGCGAGUAUUUAUGGUGCCUUUGGAGCAAAACAACGAAGAUGUCAAGAAUAUUUUGGGCAUGUUGAACAACAUUGUAGAAUCCAAUGCAUCAGCAUUACCGAAUCAUAUCUGCUCUCCAUGCAAGGACCGCUUACAAUGGGCAUUCGAAUUCAAAAUAAAAUUGACUGUGGCGCUCAACGCCGAACAGAUGGCUCAAAAUCCAAAAUUGCCUGGCGAAAAUAGGAAUGGUGGUACUUUGACUGAAAAUACCGAAGGUCGAAUCUCGAAGAAAGGAAAACAGACGAACGAUAAUGAAAAGACACGGCCAUUCCAGUGCGAAAAAUGUGAACGACGCUUCAAAUAUAAAGAAAACUGCCAAACACAUGAAAAACGACACGAAAUGAACCUCAAAGAAUAUUCAUGCAGAAAAUGUAAACUCUGUUUUUUGAAAGUAAAACAUUUUACAGAUCAUGCAUGUAAAUCAUUUUGAACUGCAAUAAACGGUUCACACCCUGUAGAACAAAACCAAAC